AAUCAUGGGUGAAUGGGGCUUCCUCGGUGGGCUCUUUGAUAGCCUCCAGGCCCACUCGCCGAUGCUUGGCCGUUUCUGGCUCUUACUCAUGCUUGUCUUUAGGAUACUGAUCCUGGGAACUGUAGCCAGCGACCUGUUUGAGGAUGAGCAAGAGGAGUUCGCCUGCAACACCCUCCAGCCGGGCUGCAAACAGGUGUGCUACGACAUGGCCUUCCCUAUCUCCCAGUACAGGUUCUGGGUGUUCCACAUUGUCCUGAUCGCCACACCUUCCCUGGUUUUCCUCAUGUAUGUCAUGCAUCACCACAACAAGAGGACCAGCAACUCCAAAUCCAGCCAGGUUACCGCCCAGGACUACAGAGAAGACCUCCGGUUAAGGAGGCUUUACAUUGUCAACGUGGCUUUCCGCAUCGUGGCGGAGAUUGGCUUUCUAGUGGGCCAGUGGCUGCUGUAUGGCUUCAAGGUGGAGGCCCAGUUCGUCUGCAGUCGCUUUCCUUGCCCCCACACAGUGGACUGCUUCACCUCCCGCCCUGCAGAAAAAACAGUCUUCCUCUGCUUCUACUUCAUCGUAGGGGUGAUAUCAGCUAUUUCCAGCAUCGCAGAGCUUUUCUACAGCUCCGCAAAGUGGUUCUGCUCAAGCCAGAAGCCCUUCAUCCCGGAACGUUCCUGCAUCUGUCAGAACCUCCACAACAGCAAGAAAGAGGAGGUGGAAGCAGAGGAGAAACCACAAGGAAAGAAGGUGUCAGAGAGCACCUUGAGGCUGAAGGGAGGAUCACUGAGGAGCAGCGCAAGCAGGAAGGGCUACAGCAUCGGCCACAAACACAGGGGCAGCAAAUACGUGAGCAGCAGGACAUUUAUGGUGUGAGAGGGCCUUGAUUGUAACACACUGCAAUUUAUUAUUUUAUCUAAAUUUCAUAAUGAUAAUCCCUAUGCCGCUUCACUAAAAAGUAUCUCGCUGUUGAUGACUUUCAUGAUGAGAGACAUCAUAAGGAAACGCUCAGGAGACAGUCCUAAGAUCAGGAAGUAAGCAAAGACAAAAAAAGACUGAUGGUUGUGAUAAGGCGGACACAUUGUUGACUUGUGUGGUUUGAUGAAUCAUUACAGACCAUAAACAAGUUCAGGAGGGGGAAGACUCUGGAUUACACUUGAUUCUUUGUUUCACAGAGAACUGAUUGUACAUUCUUGUGCCACACCUUUAACGGAAAACCAGUGAACAUUGUGAACGUUGGAUAGGGUGUCUCUAUGUCCUUAAAGAACUUAAAUUCAAUUAUAUAAAUAUUACACCUUAAAAUUCUUUAAAUAGUCUUGAAUUUCAAUUUUAUUUCCACGUUUUACAAAUCUAUAAAUCUACAACUGAACCUAAUGCUGUCUUUUUACUUCACACUUAUACUUACCCGUUGGCAGAACCUGACUCACUCUAAUAACCAUAUUCCUGCAUAACACCUACCUCUGCAUGGAACCACAUAUAUACUGCAUAUCUUUAUAGGAUUAAGAUAAACUGGUCUGAUAUGAUUAGGAUGGGCACAGCAAAGAUAAAAAAAAUCACUAGUCCCAGAACCUGCGAGGUAAGCCAUGAUCUUCUGUUUCUGGUUGUAAGAGUGCUGCAGCUAAAACAACAGGAGUAUGACAACAAGGUGGUUGUAGGAUGUUACAUUUUAUUAAUUUCCUGAUUUCUAAUACACUUCACUUUUUAUGGGAAAGGGUUUUGAGUGAGUACUUAUUGCAUUCAGGAGGAAUGGGACAUUUUUCUAAGGUGAGACCAGCUUGUUUUUAGGCUACCAGGUGCCAUGCAAUCAUGACUUGGGUUAUUGUGUGCCACCCUGUAACAUUACAUUUUAAAUAUUUUUGUCACUUAAAAAAUAUUAACUCAAUGUCAGCCAAAAUAGUUGAGAAUUAGCCAUCAGUGUUACACACACACAAGCACACACACACACACACAUGGCACCAAGGAAGCAGGUGUCAAAGGAACAGGGAAAGCACGGGAGAAAAGGUGGAAGACCUUUUAUAAUGAAUAGCUAGGUUACAUUAAUGAUUUACUGAACUAAUGACUAAACCGAUACAUGUGUUGGGUGUCCUUGCUAAUCAACCAAAAAGUGUCUCAAAUUAUCUGACAUCACCCUACUUACCCGCAAUGCUUAGACAAGAAAAAGUUGAUUUGUCUAAAAAUCAGUUUUUAAAUUUUGCGAAAAUGUCUCAAAAUCCACGUGUACAUGAAAAUAAGUCUCUCUGUGAGUUGGAAACUUUUUCUUAUCUUUACUUUAGUGUGUAAUUUUGCUUAUAAGAAAAAGUUAUUGAUUCUUUCAGAGGGUUAGAACAGCUCUAGACAUCUCUCAUGUUUCUGUGGUUAGUAUAAAACUGUGACCAGCAGCAGGCUAGCUUAGCUUAGCUUAGCUAAGCACAAAGACUAACAGGGGGAAACUGGCUGGCUCUGUCCAAAACGCACAAAAUCUGCUAACCAUGUUAUAUCUUGCUUGUUUAAUUACAAAAACAAAAAAAAGUGUAAAAACAAUACAUUAUGGACCAGUUUUUACGACUAUUUUUGGGAGCCAUAACUUUCUGGAGCUAGCUGUUUCACCCUGUUUCUGGUCUUUGAGCAAAACUAAGCUAAAUCACUGCCAGUGGCAGCUUAAUAUAUACUGUACAGACAUGAAAGUUUGAUCAUCUGGUGUAACAGUUAUUGUGACAGAAAACGGAGGCAUUAACAGCAGUGAAUAGGCUAAAAUAAAACUUUAGCUGCACUGAUCAGUCCGGUUUUAUUGUUUGCUCAUGUAUCUAUAACACAGUCAUGAAUGAAUGGAUGCACAGAAGCUUUUGUGAGAUCAGUUAUGUUUCAUCCUCUUUACUUUUGACUUUGACAUGAUAAACAUUAACAUAUUUAAUAAUGUUUGUCAACUGACUUUGCUGUUUUUUUUAUUGGCACAUUUGUAAUGAAUAUUUAUGUGUACCAUAUUUUUUAAAGUGCAUUGUAAAUGGGCCAGUUGAGUGCAAAGCACGUUGUGCAGUAGGCUGUGACAUAACUGUGAGUCUACAGUAUGUUUCUGUUUGUUUGAGACACUGUUCUUGAGAGGUGUAAACUGCAUGUCAGAAACAAGCUGAGUAGAUUUUUUUUUUUCAAAUUCAUUGAUGCUCAGGCUGUGAAACAUAAACCAACUUCUUACUUUGUUCGUCAUGCAGCUGCAUGUGGACAAUUCUAUGUUAUUCUGCCAUAUUAAUUUACAUUUUUAAAUCACUCUGUUCUUAACUGCAUCCUAACCUGCCUGUACCUGUAAAGGACUCUGAUCAAACCAGCCUCCUAUCAUCACAACUCACCUGCAGAACAUCAGUAUUAAAGGUCUC